GCAGUCCAGAUUUGACCUCUGUUGUGUAAGGAAUUGUCGCCUCAGUUGAAAGCUGUCCGGAAAAAAUAACCAAGCAGUUAUCGAUUAAAUAUAAUUUUUGUAAAAGAUAAGAGAUAUGGCUCUAACAGCGCUGUUUCUCCGCUCGAUCGUGGCCGUGUUUAUGAUGACCGUACUCGCACAGGUGGGUCUCUCCAUUAAAUAACGUCCAUUAUGACAAAUACUCUGCAAGAACGGUUUUUCCAUUUUGGAACAACCACAAAAAAAAACAUAUAUGUCCCUUCUAAUGUUGAAUUAAUCUACAUUUAGUUCCCAUGCAGUGUAAGAAUGGGGACUUUACGAUCCGACGACGCGACGGCAAAGAGAACGUCAAAAACAGGGACAGAUUUAGUAGGCAAAACAACAACUUUGCACGUGCAUCUCACUUUUUGGUACAGUUCAUUUUCCGUUUUUGCACGAUUACGACGUGAAAUUGCCUAAUUUUACUUUUUCUGGAGGACGUAAACAGGCCACGACGAAAUUUUAUUCUCUUUCUAAACUUGAAUAUGGUUCUUAGAAAUUCAACUCCGGGAGGGUUCGCCUACAUUUGACGAAGUAAGUGAGUUGGAAUAAUCGCGAUAAAGACCAAAAGAACACAAAUUCAUUUUUGAAGCGACGUUUUCGCUGCCUUCGCGUCGUCCUAUCGUAAAGUCCCUAAUGAGUAGCCUGGAACAGGCUAACGAAAUGGCACCGGUGUCAGAUGCUGUUUGGUUAUGCUAGGUCGACAGUGCUCCAUGUUAGGUGUGUUCUAUCGUUUGGGGCUUGUACCAGGCAGUAGUGCUCUCAAACAGGACACAACUGUUAAUUUUUAUCUGUGAAAACAACAAAUGUAGCUGUUCAGUGCUUUCGACCCCCAAGUAAUUUUAGAUGACAAACAACUGCGCACGUAAUCUUCCUUGGCCUUUCGCAAUAAAACAAUAUCCCCAUAAUGGGGGUACAUUGGGCUGCUGUCCCGUUGAACAGAAACAUAUUCACCUGGAUAGUUUGAAGAGCUUUUAAUGCGAUAUCAGACAAAAUAAAACUUAAACUUAAUUUUCCUUGCCAGCUUUAAGAAACAGGAAUAAUUUUCGGAAUUUCCGGUUAGGUCAAAUUUGUCUUGUUUUACUGUCAUGUUAAAUUUUAGGGGGCUGUGGGAUCGUAGGGGACUGGGUGAAUUGAGGAAAUGUCCCAAUUUAAAAUAGUGCCCAUCUUUCUCUCGUUUGAGAAGAGUAUUAUACUUUGUGAACAUUGUUUUGAACAAAAUAAGGACAAGCACGGCAUCGCAUGGAACACAGUUUGUUAUUGCUCUUGGAAAUCAUGCAUUGCGCGCGCAACCUGCAGAUAAGUCAUUAAUCUCAAUGUAAUCUGCAAGCACUGCAUUUGUUGCGCUCAGGCGCGGAUCCACACCGGUUUCCACCGUUUUACGGAAAUCGGUCAGGUUUUUCAUAAUAAAUAUAUUUUUAAUAGUUGUAGAACUUUCCAAGUUGAAAUCUGGAAAAUGGUCUGCACAAAUGUUUUCUUUACCCAGUUUACGGGCAUUAGACAGAAACCGGGGAAAGGGAACUUCAGGGAGUUUAAACCCAAAAAAAAUUCCCGGGGGUGCAUCCGGGCUCCCCUAGAAGCUUGCUCCCUCGGCCCCUCGUUUAGGAAAUCGGUCAGUAUUUAUCCUAGAUCCGCGCCUGGCGCUGAUUUGCAAAAUUAACUAUAUAAUCAUAUAUCAUUAUACCACUACACGAGAAAUUUCUGCAAUUUGAUUGGCUUAGAGCAGUGGUAUUUCAGCUUAAUUUGAACUACCUACAUGUGAAAAUUACAAACCUUUUGCGGUUAGUAGUAUAAACAAAUAAUAGCAUGAUUUGUACGCGCUAUUUGGCAUAAAUACCACUCGUGAUAUUUCAAAAUUGUCUCAAAUUUCACUCGCCUAACGGUUCGUGAAAUUACGUGUAUUAAUUUGCUUUACAGUGAGGACCAUAAAUACGGUUUAUAGUGAUGUUUAGUACGAUAAUGGAUAUGUUUAUAACAAUUACUUUUGCAUGCCACUCGUAAUUAAGAAAAUUUUUCUCAAAAUUUGACGUAGUAUCGACUCAUUCCAGUUAAGUUGGGUUAUUGUUCCAACAUUUGGGCACAUGCCGUAAUAAAACGUUCCUAAGUGUGGCUAUACUUUUUAAGCUCCAAAAUAACAGCAACACUUUUUAAAUGGUUUAUUAAUUUGAUCCUUGGUGUUAUUUUGAAAACAGGAUGGAAACAGUGUGGCGCGCAAGGAAAAAGAAAUUUACGGAUCCAAGUUUGAUCCAUUUUUUCGCACUGAACAGCUUAUUAUUCGACCAACGAGGAAUCUACCAGGUGGAUAUCAUCAGUUUCCCUAUAAUAAUUUUAUUCCAUUUGGGCCUAUCUUCCAUCUAGAUUUACUAAAUCAGGUAAGUUUGUGGUGUACCUCUGUAUUUUGACACUGUUACAUUGUAUUUUCUCUUAUAAAUGAACCCUGUACACAUGGGCACCUAACAAGAAUAUAGUUCAAAACCACUUAAACAUAGCAUUGUUAAACGUAUUUUAGUAUUUAAACGGUAUGUAUAGGCAUAGUUUUAUCCCCUAAAAAAUUUUUCAUCUGUUCGGAUUUCCUUGCUGAAAGUCUAGUGAUCCAAAAAUUAUAGGGAUCAAAACUUACCUUUUCAAAAAUCUCAACCAGAAAAAAGGCUCCCAAAAUUCUAGGUGAUCUUUUUCGGGUAAGAAUCCGUUAAAAAGGGGCAAUUAUACCAUUUUUUAGAUGUUCGAAAAUCCUAGGAGAGGGAGUCAAACAAGAAAUUUUACAACAAACGUUCCGAAAAUUCUAGAUCUCAAAUCGUCUUCCGAGCAGAUAUUUUCCCAAAAUUGACGUUGGGUGCCCCUGUGUAUACUCUAAUAUAUUUUAGCAUCCUUUAUACCUAAAUAAGUCCCCUCCUUUCAACCAUCUGGCAUACUUUAAAGUAAGUUCAAUCCCUGUUCUCCAUCAUAAUUAUAAAAGAGCCGCUUCUUCUUGAUCCCGUUAGUAAUUUCCUCCUACGGAUCAUUCUCCAGUAAUUUACUAUACAUGUACAUUAAUGAUGCAAUAUUCAUUUGAAGAUAAACUGUUUGCUAUAAUCAGGAGCUCCUGCUAUAAUUAAGUUUUCAGCAAAGAGGGGUGGGUUUUUAUUAAAUGUUUUUGCACUGAGUAACGCUAUAAGGUAAGUUACCACUCGAUUCUUGGUCCUCGCUUGAAUCACGACUCGAUUCUCGAUUGUUGUGUCUCAAUUCCGAAUACUCCAUCCAUUCCUACGAGACUCAUCAAGUAAUUCCCUUGAAACGGAUACACUAUCCAGAUCUUUUUCAAACUUGACACAAUUAAUAGUCAUGGUAUAGGAUAUCGAAAAUCUGCAAUAAAAAGAUGGGGUCACAAACUGUUUGUUUUCACCCUGCGUGCCUGGUAUUCUAAGUGUUUGUUAUUUCUGAGUUUGGUAUGGAAUGUUGAAAACUUUAACAAACUUCAAAAAUAAUUUUUAUCAUAUUGCAAAAACCAUGAAUAUUGCCAAGAGAGAAUGAUCUAGCUCAUUCUCUCUUGAUAUUACUGAAAUCUAGAACCUUAUAUUCAUUUUGGGAGGCUAUAUAAUCUAAAUUCAAUAAAAUAAUUUUAAUUUGCCAUUUUAUCAUUACCUUAAGGAUCCCUGUGGAUCUAAAAGUAGACUUUUGCAAUCAUACAUACCAAACAAUACAAAUUCUAAUAUCCAAAUUUGUUUCUUCUUAAAAUAUGUAUAUUUUUUGUACCCAAAUAGAGAGUGAAUAACACUAAUAAAGGGGGGGGGUCACCUUCGAGGUUAUUUUUCCCCUUGUCUAUUUUCGGACGUUUUGAGUCUAGUUUACUACAACAGAGCGGCAGCAGCAAAACUCUAAAAUAAUAAAUCUAUCUCUUGACAUCAUUUCUAUGGUCGAUAAGAGAACAGACCAUGAAAAAUUGUUGACAGUUUUUGUCGUCCAUUUUCGCUGACUUUUCGCGGAACAUCGCUCAUGAGAAAGAGAAAAACAAACUUCGCCACAAUCACUUUAUUUCCAUGGUCUGUACUGUUAUCGACAAUAGCUCUCGACCAAUCAGCGGGCGAGAAAUUGCUUAGUUAUUGUAAAAAAAUAGUUGUAACUAAUUAUUUUAUCACGUUACCCAAAGGUAGUUGUAAUAAAAACAGUAAUUUCUUUAGGUUCCAUAGGUUAGCUGUAGGUUCCGCCGGUUCCGCAGCUUCCACCGUUCUGCGGUCUGUAGUCUUACCCGCUUAAGCUAUCUAUUACUUUCAUGCACCUGCUACGCAGGUGAGCUCGUAAUCCAAGUACCAAAAACAGUUCAAAGCGGAAGCUAGACUCGAUUGGCAAUCGAGCCUAAGCGGAGGCCGAAAAUUUCGAAACGAAACGAGAUGGAAGAGGUGUUUCCCUGGCUGACAAUGGAUUCGUUGCUCGUUUUUAUGAAUUUUUUGUAAAAUACAAUUGUGCUUUGUUAUGCCCGGAAGCAAUCCCCUGCUGCUGUAUUGAUGAAAAUAAAAGACGGCUUGAAGUUCUGUGAUUGAAGUAACUGUAUAUUUACAAAAAAUUAAUGAAACGCUUUGUAAUUCAAGUAUCACGUUUUCAUUUGUAAUGUUAGUUUCUUUGUUUGCAUGUUCUUGUUAGUUUUGCCUUCCAAAUUACGUGAAUUAUCCUAGGCAAAUAAGUUUUACCUGCCACUUGCCCUGUGUCUACUGUUGGCAAAAUGUUUUGACCCCCUCUGUUUUGUCAGACCCUGUGAUGGAGGCCGAAGGCCUCAUGGGCUAUUGACUCAAAGGCCAUGAGGGCCAGAGGAAUUAUUGUUUUAGUAAAAUCCAACCAGCUGGUCAAAAAUAUCGAUACAAAACAACUUUAGCUGGUUAAAGCUAGACUUGAAGCCAUUGUUUGGUUUUCAAAGCCGGCGCUUUUCGCUAUAUCAUAUAGCCUAGUGGUAGCUCAACCAAUCAAAAUGC